UUUUAGUCUACAGCAGCCUAGCUUGUGAGUCAGAUGCCUCUUUCGCCGAUUCGUUUAAGGAGCAAAGUGCGGAGCAGUGAAGUUAAAUCGUUGAUUAACAAGAACGGAACAGGUCUGCCAUGUGUCGCAGCCGAUUGUUGAUUAUCCUGGCCGGUUUAUUGCUUCUGCUGACGGUCGUAAAGCGAUGCGAAGCUAUCGUCGGUGGAAUAAGGUCGGCGCCACCCCCAGUUGAUGAUCCGGUAGUGUUUGUACGUUAUGUGGGAAAAUCCGCCCGGGUCGAAGGUACCAGAAGUCGACAGACAGGCUUAUAUUCCUUCCGAGGCAUCCGUUAUGCAGAGGCACCCAUUGGGGAAUACCGGUUUCAAAGGCCGACAUUUAAAAGAUUGAGUGGCGACGUGAAUGCGAUCAAUAAUGGUCCACCGUGUCCUCAGCCUGAGCCUAAUAACCCUUACAAAGUAAUUGGAAACGAAGACUGUCUAUUGCUGAACGUUUUUACUCCCCAAAUGCCUGAUGAAACGACUGGUUUACCGGUUGUAGUGUGGAUUCACGGUGGUGGAUAUCGUUAUGGCUCGGCAGCGCAAUAUGGCGGGGAACCUUUAACUCAGAAUGGAGUCAUAUUUGUUCCAAUACAAUACCGUUUAGGAUCGUUUGGUAUGAUAGGCGAUGGCAGCCGAGAUUUCUCUGGAAAUCUGGCUUUAUUGGACAUGGCGUCGGCAGUGCGCUGGGUCAAAGAUUAUAUUUCAUGGUUUGGAGGAGAUCCCAAUCAGAUAAAAGUAAUUGGUCAAGGUUCAGGAGCUACAGCUGCUAUGGUUUUGACAUCCGCAACAAUGGCUCGUAGUUCAAUCUCUGGAGUAGUGGCCAUGUCGGGAUCAUCUUUGCAACCAAACACCUAUGAUCCUGCUCCAGUUACAUCAUUGAAAGAAAUAGUAGCAAAGCAUGAUUGCUCGACCGGCAAUGAAACAGAGAUUGUCAAGUGCAUGAGAGGAAAAUCGGUGCAAGACAUAAUAAAAGUUGAUAGUGAAUUGCAAGUUAGUGGAUUGAGUGAUCAAAAAGCAGUAAAAGCGCUGACGGGUAAUGUUGGCGUAAGUCCAGUUGUAGAGCCAAAAGAUGACGGGCGUGGAUUGCUAGGUGUAAUGACGGAAAAACCUGAGGAAACCAUAAAUCGCGGAGAUUUUCCCAAAGUGCCUCUGUUGAUAGGCGUAACCAAAGACGAAACAGCAAACUUUAUUGAUGUCAAAGAAAUUGAAAAAGCUUUCGCUUCCCCUUCUAACUUCUUGAAAAGCACAAGCAAAAUUGUUGGGCUUGACAACUUUCUCAAUACCAAUAAGUCCGUUGCACUUUUGGAUUCCUUGGGCACGAUUCUAGAUUUAACGCAGUAUUUGGAAAUCCCGAAGGCAUGGAAUGCAACGCAAAUAUUUGGUAAACUUGUGGAAGCAACAACUGACGCUGUUUUCAAUCUUCCUGCCAUAGUAACAGCCCAAGCUUGGAGUAAAUCUUCGAAAUCAUUUUUCUAUAGUUUUGAACACCGUUCCGAUAACACCAAAGGAAGUGAUUUUCUUAAAGGUUUACCAUUGGUUGCAAAAACAAAUAAUGAGAAACAGAAAAAUAUCGUCGCCCAUGGAGAUGAAUUGGGCAUUCUUUUCGAUACUCAUGAUGUGCAUGGAAAUCUCAUCGAAAAAGCAGCAAUUAAGUCCAAACGUGAUAUCAAUGCGAGACAGGCAUUUGCUACAUUCAUAGCUAAAUUUGUCCACAUGAACGCCAGCAAUCCGAGAGAUGACAGUUUGUUCAAACCUUUUUCCAGUAAGGGAACACCCUACAUUAAAAUUGGCGAACAAAUUACUUCGGAGAAUGAUUUUAGAUUUUGUCAACUUUCCAUCUGGGGUGCUCAACUGGAGGCUUUAAAAUCGAUCUCCUGUCAAUUUUUGGGCGAUGGUCUCGGCAGCAUAGGCAAAGUUGUUGGUCAGCUGACUGGAAUACUCGGGGGUCAACGGCCACCCGUACCGAAUAAUGUUUUUGGGAUAUUUGGAUAAAUUCUGCUUUAAUGAAAUUUGUUUCAAUAUCAUACGAUAAUUGGAAAAGGUGUAUUUUUAUCACUGUAAUAUACAUAGAGAAAGAUAUUUCACAUUAAAUUAUAAAUAUUCGUCUUCUAAAGUA